CGGCGUGCACUCAGCCCUCCCAGGCCUUGCUCUGUUCGUCCGGGAGCGUCGUUCCCGUGCAGGGGUCUGUAAAGCGGGGAGAAGCAGACGACGCGUCUCAGAGAGAUGUUGUCUCGGUCUCGUGUCCUGUGUGGGGCUGGCGGGGCUGCAACUUGCCUAGGCUCCGAAGUUCAGGGGCAGAAGAGUGCCAGACUUCCGUGUUUCCCAAUAGCCAUCGUGAAUGGGCAUCACAAAAUGGAUACUUUGGGCAGCCUCCUUCCUCCCGUGGUUGGAAAUGGUGAUGCGGCCAAUUCCCAAGAGUUGCAAAAACUUCUGAUUGAUGAAAAAAUGCGCUGUGAACACCAUAAAGCAAAUUAUCAAACUAUAAAGGCAGAACAUUUAAGAUUACAGGAAGAGUAUACAAAAUCCCAAGAUGAACUGAAGCGGUUGCUGGUUGAAAAGCAGGCUGUACAUGACAAAUUCCAGCUGCUUCUUGCAGAAUACAGAGAGGAGUUGCUGGGUAAAACACAAGAGUUGGAAAAACUGAAGAUGCAGGUGCUAACUCCUCAAAAAUUAGAGCUGCUAAGAGCACAAAUACAACAGGAAUUGGAAUCUCCAAUGACAGAACGUUAUCGGAAACUAGAAAAUGAAAUGGAAAAAUACAGAACAGAAUAUAACAAACUUCGGUAUGAGCAUACUUUCCUGAAGUCGGAAUUUGAGCAUCAAAAAGAAGAACAUGAACAUGUUUUAGAGGAGGAGAAAAUAAAAUAUGAGGCAGAGAUUGCGAGGCUGGAGAAAGAUAAAGAAGAGCUCCAUAAUCAGCUGGUUAGCGUUGAUCCCACGAGGGACAGUAAACGUGUGGAGGUCCUCUCCAGAGAAAAAGCACAACUGUGUCAGAAAUUAAAAGGCUUAGAAGCAGAAGUAGCUGAACUAAGAGCAGAAAGAGACAACUGUGGUGUGCAAGCAGAAAGUGUCCAAAGGGUGCAAGUACGGCAGUUAGCUGAGCUGCAGAGUCUGGCAAGGUCUCUAGAGGCAGAAAAGAAGUCAGCUGAACAACACAUUAGUCGGAUUGAGGAAGAACUGCAGAUGUGUCGUGAGCAGAACUUUCUUUUAACUAGCAAACUCCAUAAAUCUGAACAAGAAGUCAAUUCCUUGGCUGCUAAAGUAGAAGAACUUAAACAGUCACACAAAUUAGAAGUGACAAAUGUCAAACUGGAGGCAGCAAGAACUAAGAAUGAAGUAGAAAGAGAGAGAAACAAGAUUCAAAGUGAAAUGGAUGGAUUGCUGUCAGACAAAGAAGUUCUUAAGGAAGCUGUUGAGCGUCAUAAAGUGCUUUUAGUAGAAAAGGAUCAAGAGUUGGUUCGUAAAGUGCAAGCUGCCAAAGAGGAAGUUUUUGGAAAAAUUGCAGCCUUACAGAAUGAAAAGUUAGAACUCGAGAGCAGAUUAGCUCAUGUGGAGAAGGUGAAGUUGGAACAGGACGCUUGGAGACAAACUGAAAGGGAUCAGUACGAAGAGAAGCUACGUGUGGUGCAGCUGGCAGAAGAAUCUAGCAAAAGGGAACUUCAGUGCCUGCGAUUAAAAAUUCAACAGCAAGCUAUUCAGACAGAGGAGCUUGAAGAAAAGAAACGUGAGAGAGAUGAUCUAAAACAGCAAAUUCAAGACAUGCAACUCCAAGUGGCUUCACUUUCUCGGUCAGAAAAUGAUUUGCUGGAAUAUAAUCAGAAGUUGAAGGAAACAGUAGAAAGAUUGAGACAAGAAUGUCAAAAUGCAAGAACUCAGGCAGAAAAAGCCCAACUGGAAACAGAGAAGGCUUUAGAAUACAGGCGCAUGGAGUGGCUGGAGGAGAAGCAUCUGCUUACUCAGCGCGUCACAGAGAAGGAAGAGAAAUACAACGAGGUGAAGAACAAGCUGUGUCGAGCUGCAGUUGCCCAAAAAAAGAGAAAGACUCUCAAUGAUAAUAAACAAAGGAGGAUGCAAGAGAAACUGCAACUUUUGGAAGCCAAGAUAGAAGAACUAGAAAAAGAAAACCAGGUGUUAAAUAGGCAGAAUGUUUCCUAUGAAGAACACACACGUCUCCAGAGGAGACUGAAGGACUUGCAGCGCAGACACAACGAAUUUCGCAGUUUGAUUUUGAAUCCUGGCAUCCCAUCCCUGAACCCAGUCAGUGUAACGUCAGCAUCUGUCCCGCCUCCUGGGCCCGACGUGUCCUUCCUCCUCCUUCAGGAAGAACAGCAUCAGAGAGAGCUCUCCCUGCUUCGCAAGCGGCUGGAAGAUCUCGAAACCAGGCAGAGAAAGCAGCUGCAGGAGCUUGGGCCGGCUGGGGAGCGGCUCACAGCAGGAACACGCAGGGAGCUGGCAUCCAGCAGGGGAGCAGAGGGAGCUGCUGUGCAGAGCGAGGACUCUGCAUAAGGUGUGCAAACUGUAGGUGCUGUUUGCAGUAGCUCCUCCUGGCCACGUGCUCUUAAUAUCCUCCAAAGCACGACUGUGUGUGCGGAGGUGCGGGAAAUACAUCCUGUGCAGUUUUGUGUUUUGAUAGACUGCCAUCCGUUAGCAAACGGGAUGGUAUCUAAAUGAAAACUUUAUAACAGCAUUUUGAAAAUGUCUUUAUAGAAAUGCUAUACAAAUAUUUGGAAGUCAAGACAUGCAAUAAACUACAUUUUUGAUAGUACUCCAGCUGCUGGAAUCCACGCCUGGAGUGGUGCUCCGAAAUUCCCAUGCAGACAGAUGGGGUGAAAUGGGUGCUCCUGACUUUGCUCUUGUCCAUGUGCCUCUUGGUUUUGUAACAUCAAGAAACAACAAUCAGUUUCUAAAAAAAUACUGUUGUAGAGAUGGAGUGUAACAAAUUGCCUUCAGGUGAUGAAAACGUUAGUUUGUAUUUGUUGCCACUGUAGCUUGUUUUGUCAGCUACAAUAAAUUUAUUUAUUUAAGGUUUAAGUUGUUUUCCUUGGUUAUCAGCUUAACACCUGUGGAGAUUCAAUUAAUUUUUGAUGACUUGAUAGUGAAAACUUGGAGAUGUGGGCUGGCUUUUUCUUACUGUUUUGUUUUUUUCAGGAUACUGCAGUGUAAAUUCAUUAGUGAAAAGUGUUUAAUACUUGACUGCAUAUUGUUGGAACUGUAGGAACAGUCAGCUGAGGAAUGAGCUGCAGAUGGUGGCUGGCAUUGUCUUGCAUUCAGCUUUGCUCUGCAGCAUGUUUUACUUUCUGUGCCAUAGGUAAACAUAAGUGCUGUAUUACGGUUUCCUAAGUGCGCUCCAAGGAAAGCAGUGCAUGGCACCUGUAACUGCUGGAAGCAAUGGAAGCUGAUUGUAUUGCAUCUUGCACUCCCCUCCUGGCCCGGGCACCACUGCAAAACUGUUUGCUCUCUUAACUAUUUUAAAAUACACAAAGUAAUCUAACCAGCCUUCAAAUGCACUUUAUUUGAGAUAAACCCAUACAAACACCAACAUGUAUUUGUCGUUUGCACUUU